GCAGGUUUCUGUCAGGUUCACUGCAUCCUGUAUAUAUCAGUGGUUACAGAAUUAGAAUUGGAACCUUGGAAUCAGAACAUUGCGAGAUGAAAAGCUGAUCUGCAUCAGCACAAUCCACAUUCAGAUGAAAGUUGUACAUUCAGUAGCUCUGACUUGCAUAAAAACUGGACAGAAAAUAAGUAAACAGGAAGAAGAGAAGGGAAUGCAGAGGAAGGUGGACGGGAUGUCUUGCAACAUCAUCAAUGAGCUGCGGUUAGAGAAGAAGCUCUGUGAUGUAGUCAUCAUGGUGGAUGGCGCCGAGUUCCACGUGCACAAGAACAUCCUGUGCAGCUGCAGCCCAUACUUCAUGGUUCUCUUUACCAAGGGCUGGUACCCUCCUGAUAAGCUCAGGUACAGCAUCCCUAACGUUUCCACCGAGAUAAUGGAGCUGGUCGUGGAGUACGCGUAUAUAAGACGUGUUAACAUCACAGAGAAAAACGUGUGUAAGCUGCUGAUCGCUGCUGAUUAUCUGUUGGUGAGCAGCCUGGUGAACGAGUGCUGCGCGUUCCUGAAGGCUCAGCUGUGUCCUGAGAACUGCAUUAACCUCUGGCGUUUUGCUCACUCCUACUUCUGCGAGAAGUUGAAGCAGCAGGCCUUCCGGUUUAUCUUGCACAACUUUGAGGAGAUGGUGCGCCUCUCUGUGGACUUCCUGGACCUGACGGUCGUGCAGUUGAGCGAGAUCAUCGAGAAGGAUGAACUGAACGUGAAACAGGAGAGCGUGGUGUUUGAAGCCGUCUUACAGUGGAUCAAACAUGCGCCAUGGAAACGGAAAGCACACAUAGGAGUGUUACUGCCCAAGGUGCGUCUGGGGCUACUGACGCACGAUUACCUAAUGAACAAUGUGAGCAACAACGUUUUAGUGAUGGACGACAUGACAUGUAAGCCGAUCGUCACCAGCAUUCUGAUGGGCAUUGAUGACCUCAACCCAAGCCUUUCUCUCAGCUCUGAUCUCACGAGACUCCGCCUGCCCAGCGCUGUUCUGCUGGCCAUCGGUGGCUGGUACCAAAGGAAUCGCACCAAUGCCAUAAAAGCGUAUGAUACGCGAGCGGCACGCUGGGUAUGCGUCACGUGCUCCGAUGAGAGUCCACCGUCUGCCCAUCACGGGACGGUGUAUCUAAACGGCUUCGUGUACUGCAUCGGAGGAAUCGACAGUGAGAGAAGGUUUGACCCCAUCACCAGAAUCUGGGCUCAGGUGCACUCCAUGCACUAUUGCCGGUGUGACGUGAGCGUGUGUGUGCUGGACAGUCGUAUCUAUGCAAUGGGAGGAUUUAAUGGCUUCGAACAUCUGAAUACGGUAGAGCGAUAUGAACCUGAGAAUGAUCGGUGGUGCAUGAUUGCGCCAAUGCACGGACGAAGGAGCAGCUCUAGCGCUACAGUACUGAAUGGCAAAGUGUACAUAUGUGGAGGGUAUGACAUUUUCGGGUGUUUGUUCACGGGGGAGUAUUACAGUCCUCAGACGAGAGUGUGGACCCUCAUCACCCCCAUGAUGAUCAGAAGGUGUGGACUGGGCGUGGUGGCGUAUGGAGGAUGGGUUUACGCUGUCGGGGGAAAUGAUGGUGUUAAUCACCUAAGCGAUGUAGAGGUGUAUAAUCCUCAGACCAACGUGUGGACACCAGGUCCAGCCAUGAACAACCAACGCAGCCACUUCAGCAUUGAGGUGCUGGACGAUCUCCUGUUCGUUGUUGGAGGAGAGAACAGCACUACCAUCAUAGAUGAAGUGGAGUGUUAUGAUGAGCAGACUUCUGAAUGGCAUGCAAUUGAAAACAUGGGGAUUUCUUGCCAUGCUCUGAGCUGCUGUGUGCUGUCUGGUUUACCCAACAUGGCAGAGUACGCUGCUCCCCGAGACGAUCCCUACAGAGUCCCUCAGAGCUCACGGAGCACCAGAGGCUACCUCACACCUCCUGCCAACGUCUGA